CACCCAUGUAAUUCAUGUGUAUUUCCUAAUUCGAUAUGCUUUAAAUGUGGUAAAACUGGACAUAUUCACUCCGUUUCUAGUAGCAUGGUUCAUUUCGCUGAAACUAAUGCUAAAAUUUGUGAUCGUGAUCCUACUAAGUUGGAUGUUUUUAAUGAUAAAUUAUCUUUAUCCAAGACUUUGAGAAGCCGUAUAGCGUCACAUAGCGGUCCAUAGUCAAAUGAAACCCAGAAUCAUUGUGAGACAAAUGUUUUUAACCAACUAACUGCUUACCAGAUUUCUCGUGUUGUUGUACCAGAUGUGGUUUACCAUAAUGAUUCACAUACUUCUGAUGACAUUUCUUACAACUCUGAGAAUAACAUGUUGAGUGAGUCAAAUCAUGAUCAAACACCGGAUUCACUUUCGGUAGAUGCUGAUUUUUCUAAUGAUCCAUUAUUCUCUAAUGAAAUUCUUAGUAAAUUUGAGAGAAACAUUUCCGAAAACUCAAAUUCUGAUAUCAUAUCAAAUGUGAUUUGUCCUCACAAUGGACUUAUCUCUAGUGAUAUUCCUAAUGAGUGUGACAAAUAUGUUCCAAAUGAGUCGAAUUCCAGUCAUAUUUCUGAUGUUAUUGUAUCAGAUGUUGGAUACUCUCACAACCAAUGUAUGUUGAGUAGAAUCUCUAGUCAGUGGUAUGAUGAGUCAGAGGGAAUAGCAAGUUUUACCGAAGUAAUCAGAAAACCAAUUUACCCAGAUAUGAAGUUUGCACAGGCAGAAAAUUCAAAUCGAAAACAAGAUAAUCCUAACGGGUAUGAGGCAGAUGCAUAUUUUCCACUUGAUUGUCUUGCAGUUGACUCAAGCCUAGGUUAAUCACAUGUGCUAAUUACACAUAUUAAGGUAUAUCUAUCUGUGUAUUCUAAUAUGAAAAGCAAAAGGAAUAUGUGUCAUAUUUUUUAUGCAAGUCAAAUUCACAUGAUGGAAUGUCUCAAAUUAUAUGUCAGUGUAUAUCCACAAAUACAUAUAUUAAUCGAAGCAUGAGAUAUGAGAUAUUACAAAUGGGGAACGUCAAAUUGGUUAUAACACUGCGACUUAAGGACCCAUGUUAUAUAGGAAGAUGUUCUAGGAAUUUGUAUACU